AUGAUCGGUGUAGUCCACACUGGAGCCUUUUCAGCAUCUGACGCAAACUCCAAAAAACGCUCCACACCGUAUUCGUUAGGUCCGGCGACCAAGGCCGGCGAUCUGAUAUCCGGAAAAACUGAAAACGUGAUCCUGGACACCCAGUUCAUCGAUGCUCUUGUCAAAGCAACUUCUUUGGGCCCCUGGAUGUCGGUUAUUGUUCGCAAUAACCAAAAAGUGGGUAUAUUAUACCACUCAAUAUUAAAAUCCAAAUCCAGCGCAAAUAGCGUCAUCCAAGGCCUUCAGAGCAAGGGUAUUCAAGUCCUUGGAAGCUCUAAUGAAGAGGAGGACAGCAUUUCGUCAGCAGGCGAAAUCAUGAAAGAUGCCUAUGCCAAAGUUAAGGCAGAUAUUGCAACUAGCAAGGCUAACUGCAAGGGCAUUUGCUCUAAGGAUAUCACACCAACGCUGGAACGGACAAUAGUUAUAGAUCGAAGUCAAACGGAUCUGGCACUUGCAUGUGCAGCUCACGUCAAAGGAUCCGCUUUCAUUACUGCAGACCAGGUAUUUGCAGCGCAUUUCGGCAAAGAGGCUGCCCGCCGAGGAGUUCGGAUAUAUGUUAUCCCUGCUUCCUGGGCGGCUCUUCGACAGAAUUGA